ACCUGAUGCUGGCCGUCGAUCCCAGAUACUGCGGCCUGGGCGUGGGGUCGGAGCUGUGUCGCCGCACGUCGCUGGAGGGCGCCGUGCGCUCCGGCGCGCCCGUCUCGCUCUGCUUCUGCACGUCCAGCACCACACAGCACAUCUACGAGCGUCUCGGAUUUGAGGUUGGCUGCGAGACCGGCUACGCCGGCUCGGCGCUGGAGCGGGCCGCGGACGUGACGGCGAUCCUGCCGCACCGCGCCUGCCGCAUCAUGUACAAACGGCUGCCGGGCGUGUGGCAGCCGCGCGCCUCAGUUGUCGCCCGUCAGGCAGGCGCAGGCGCGUCGCACUGAGCGUCUGUUCGGCCGGGCCCCACCCGUGACGCCGGGCGACACUGAACGCAGCGGCAGUCGCAUCACUGCGGAGUUGGCCAGUGGCCGGCACUGCAGAACGCGGCAGUAAUCGCUGAUGCAGAUGCGGCGUAUGAUACCGGCGAGGUAGUAUACAUUAAUGACAACCAGCAAAGUAGCGACCAGCACGUAGCGCGUGAUGAUCAAUAGGUGGGAGGACAGCGAGGUUCCGUCGCGUGACCAGAGAGCCGAUGUCGCUGAAGCAGCUGAGUCACGCACGGAGCCGGACGGAUCGUAUUCGGUGCAGAGCUGCGGUCAGUAGAUGCGCGGCGGGACCACCAGCACGUUCCAGGGUCUUAUGACGUCAUACAGCCGAGCCGAGCCGGAGGGCCGGGAGAGCCGCCUGGUUCGGCCCCCAGCUGGGUUGCCCCGGCCGUGGCGUGCUCGCGUGAUGCCGGGUGCCGCUGGCCAGACUGGCCCGGCCGAGGCUGGAGGUCCGGUGCGGGGACCGUACCACGCGUCCCAUGUCCUCCGCCGGGGUCUGAGUCGCUGGCCGCCGCAAGUAGCCGCUAGAGAGGCAGCGGCCUCGCUCUCGGCAUCUGCCGCCAACUGCUGAAUCGGAAGCAACGUCCAAACUGUUUUUAAAGUUGUAACUCUUCAAAAUUGCUUGGGUUUAAUGCGGGUAAGGUUUAAUAUUUUCUAGAUAAUGCCAAUGGGUUCUGGACGUUGAAGUUCAGAAUCAUGUUAUGGCUGAGUCCCCCCCCCCCCCCCUCUUAAAAUAUGCCGAAGGUUCCGCCGAGUGUGCCAGCUGGCGUUUUACGUACGUUCAGCUGGCAUGUGCCUAUAAUCUGUCGGGGUUUGAGCUAACGGGUCCGAGGACGUUCGUCGGGUCAUGUGAGGAAGAUGAACGUCGUGGGGCCCCGUAAAGUCAGUCAUGGCUCCCAGGCAAUUUCGAGUUCCUUGGAUUUGCACGUGCCCUCCACGCGCAUUAGUAAAAAAAAUGGGUGUAGCUUGAUCGUGUGUUAUUUUAGAUCAUGUAAGGCGUCGUUAAUAAAAUCGGGGUUGCACAAACCUUCGUGUCUCGUCGAUUCGCGCCGCAUUUCUUCUUGUAUAAAUCCUUGUAUCGCGAAUUGGUGAGCAAAUCUGCGUGCACAAAUAGUGGUAUCCACAAAAGCGGAGAGGUCGUUCCAGACACAAAAGCAGAAAGGUCGGGAGAUCGAAAGUUCGUUGUCUAGGGCAGAAACA